AUGCUAUCACAGCCUCUGCACGUACUCAUUGUCGGAGCCGGCUUCGGCGGCUUGACUGCGGCCAUUGAGUGCCGGCUCAGGGGGAUGAAGGUGACUGUCAUUGAGACUUACCCUACGAGUCUCAAGUACGGCGAUGUCAUCGACUUCUUCCCCAACGGAGGGCGUAUUAUUGAGAAAUGGGACAACGGCGCAGUUGGCCGCGAGCUGAUGAACAUCUGCAUCAACCAAGGUGACCGCUUCCUGUACUUCAAGGCAGAUGGCUCCUUGAUAUGGUCAGAAGACUGGAUCCUGCAACCUCAUCACUUCUGGAGGCAGUAUGCUGGUCACCGCGGCCAGAUCCACCAAGUUGUCUUUCGCUAUGCCGAGAGGCUCGGUGUCAAGUUUAAGCUCGGCGAGCGCGUCGAAUCAUAUGUGGACGGUUCCAAACCGAAAGUCAUCACGACUAGUGGUCAAUCAUAUGAAGCCGACGUUGUAAUUGCUGCGGAUGGCCCACGCUCAAUUGCACGACAGCAAGUUCUUGGUUUACCAGACACCAAGGUGAAUAGCGGCUAUGCGAUUUUCCGGGCACAUUUCACCCUGACGGAACGACAUAAAAAUAACGAAUUCCUUCGCGACUUCUGCGAUCCUACCAAAGAUGACACUUGUCUUUGGGCUGCCCAUGAUAGCCACAUGCUCAUCUACACCUGGAACAAAGGCCAGGACCUUGGCUGGGUUUUGACACACAAGGAUACUGAUGAUAUAGGAGAAUCCUGGUCAUAUCCAGGCAAGAAGAGCGAUGUUUUGGCCUGUCUCCAGGAGAGUGGCUUUGAACAGAAGCUAUUCGAAGUCGUCAACGAGACACCAGACGAAGAUAUCGUCGACUACAAACUCGUCUGGCGUGACCCCCUGAAAACGUGGCUUAGCCCUUCAUCCCGCAUCGCAGUAAUUGGUGAUGCUGCACACUGCCAUCUUCCCACCUCGGCCCAAGGAGGAUCCCAGGCUAUGGAAGAUGGCGUGGCUCUGGCUAUUGCCUUGGAUCGGGCCAAGGGAGAUGUACCAUUGGGAAUGAAGGUUUUUGAGAGGAUCCGCUUCAACCGCUCUCAUAUUACGCACAUGGCAUCGAUCUGGAUCCGAGAUGGCUACCAUAAUGUGGACUGGGAAGGCGAAGAGAUCAAGAAGAAUCCUCAAAUCCUCAACCUCCCACGACCAAGCUGGGUCAUUGAAUAUGAUAUUGCUGCGGAGUCGGAGAAGCAUUUUGACCAAAUAUCCAAAGACGUAAAGGACGGCCGGCAGGGGACAAUAGAGGAGUUAUCAUUGCCGGCCGGCGGUGACUAUCGGCCGGAAAGCAGGAUUGUCAAGAAGGCAGACAAGGUCAUUACGGUGUAA